AUGGCGUCUGAUUGUUACGUGGCCAUCUGUAACCCGCUGCUUUAUAAGGUCACCAUGUCUAGGCAGCUUUGUAAAGAGCUGGUGGCUGGGGUGUAUGCUGUGGGGAUGGUGGAUUCAAUGAUACACACGUGUUGUACAUUUCGGCUCUCAUUCUGCAGCUCCAACAUCGUGAAUCAUUUCUUCUGUGACGUCCUCCCACUGUUGGCGCUGUCCUGUUCUGAAACCCGCAUCAAUGAGAUUGUGCUAUUUGCUUUCAUGUGCUACAUUACAGUGAGCAGCUUUGUGACUGUCCUCCUCUCCUAUGCCUAUAUCAUCUCCGCCAUCCUACAGAUCCUCUCAGUCGAGGGCCAGCGCAAAGCCUUCUCCACCUGCACUUUCCACUUGACCUCUGUGGUCCUGUCUUUUUGCACUCUCUUCUUCACGUAUUUACGUCCCACCUCCAGCUAUUCCAUGGACAGAGACAAAGUGACCUCAGUGUUUUACACUCUGGUGAUCCCCAUGUUGACCCCCUCAUCUACAGCCUGA